AUGAGAUUUAAUGAGGAACCAGAAAAAGCCCUAGUGGUUGCGUCUGCGACAAAGACGGUUACCGUUCCAGGCAAUCUCAAGUACAAAGGAGUGGUUCAGCAGCAGAACGGUCACUGGGGGGCUCAGAUCUGCGCAGACAACAAAAGGAUUUGGCUUGGAACUUUCAAAUCCGCUGCUGAAGCCGCCACCGCUUACGAUAGCGCAUCCAUCAAACUCCCGAGUUUCGAUGCCAACUCGCACCGGAACUUCCCUUGGUCUGACCUCACUGUCCACGAACGGGAAUUCCAAGAUACCUACGAAUUAGAAGCUGUGUUAAACAUGAUCAGAGACGGUUCUUACCAGCACAAGUUCAGAGACUUUCUCAAACUCCGACCUCAGAUGGUGGCGCGUAUCAACGUCGGUGGAUCAAAACAAGUCAGAGGAGAAGCAGAUCAAGAAUCGGACAAGUGCUUCUCUUGCACGCAGCUUUUUCAGAAGGUGUUGACACCGAGCGAUGUAGGGAAAGUGAAUAGGCUUGUGAUACCUAAGAAGUACGCAGUGAAGUAUAUGCCUUGCAUAAACGAGAAAUUAGAAGAGGGCGAACAAGGCCGAAUUGGAGGAGCUGUGGAAGAUGUGGAGAUUGUGUUUGACGACAGAACAAUGAGACAAUGGAAGUUUAAGUAUUCUUUCUGGAAAAGUAGCCAGAGCAUUGUCUUCACCAGAGGAUUGAAUGCAUUCGUCAAGGAGAAGAAUCUCAAGGAGAAGGAUAUUAUCGUCUUUUACGAUUGCGAUGUCCCGAGCGAUGCCAAGACAUUAGAAGGCCAAAGCAAGAACUUCAAGAUGAUCGAUGUUCAUUACUUUUCAGGCAACGGUUUCAUGGUUCCUGAGGAAGUCAGUAAGACGGCUCAGGAGAGUUCUGGUGAAGAAAUGAAGACAGGAAACCUCUUUAGCUCAAAGUUAGAAGAUGAAGAACCCAAAUCAGAGGAGAACAACUAUGCUGUUUGGAAUUUUAAGAGAUUUUUUUCAUGGUUCCUGAGGAAGUAA